AUGGACGUAGAGGAAGGAGGAGACCCAAAUCAUGUCCAGUGGAUACCUUUGUCCCUCCUUUUUGUCGAGUAUCCGGCAGGGGAUCUCAUUGGCUACAUCCUUGCUUGGUUUAGUAUAAUGCCCAUUUUCAUCUCUAUAGGUUUCCUAACACUCAUCAUCAUUCGUAGAGAUCUUCAUACAGUAUCCUAUUUCCUAGGAAUUUUGCUGAAUGAACUUGUUAAUACCAUCCUCAAACAUAUUAUUAAGGACAGCCGGCCAGCACCCUCACCAACUCAAACUCCACAUGGUGCUUAUGGAAUGCCUUCAAGUCACUCUCAAUUCAUGUGGUUUUUUAACACAUAUCUUAUUCUGUUCUUGUUAUUUAGUUUUCUAGGAGAAUUUCUAAUGGUGAGAGAUUCCACUUUAAUUCCGCAUGUCAUGUGGUUUGAAUACAAAUCUUCUCGGAGUGAAGCCAGAAAUCGUCAACGAAAGGUAACUGGACGCAAAUCUCAAUGA